UUUUCCAAGAUGUCCGGGACGGAAGGUGGUGCUUUCGGUGCUGGGAAAGCAGGGACCCCAUUUGACCCCUUAGCGUUCAUUAAAAAGCCUCAAGUGAUAUUGCGAAUAGCAAGCACGGUAUGGGCUAUGGUUGUGUUUGGAUGUAUAUCAGCCGAGGGCUGGUAUGACGGCCAUUGUCAGAUGAGGGACGAUCCCAAUGCCUGUAACUAUGGCGUAGGAAUUGGAGUUUUAGCAUUCCUUAUUUGUAUUGGAUUCCUUGUGGUAGAUGGCCUGUUUGAAAACAUCAGUAGUGUGCAGUACAGAAAAUAUGCUGUUAUUGCUGACAUGUGUAUAUCAGCACUGUGGACAUUCCUGUGGUUUGUUGGUUUCUGCUACUUGACGGAUGCCUGGAACCAUUCUUCUGACGACAGCCCUUAUCGCGCCCCUCACGGUCAUGGCCGCGAUCAUGUACAAUCUGCCAUAGCAUUUUCCUUCUUCUCCAUUGCUACUUGGGGAGGGCUCACCUUCUUUGCUGUGAGACGCUAUCGGGAAGGCUCCCAGGAAACUUUCACUCAAGGAUAUGAAACGGAACAAAAUGCAUCUUCCCCAUAUUCCUCAUUCCCUGGCAGUGAUACUGGCGACCCUUAUCAGCAGCCCCCUUUUAGUGGCCAGAAGGAGGCUCCUGAUUUCCAGCCACCAACCUACUAGGGAAAGAAGUAUCUAAAUUACCCCUAGUCAAUGGCGGGGUGACAAGGAAGAAUCAAAAGGAGCAGCCACACCAGCGUUACCAUGGUCACCAUUAGAAAGUUGUAUUAGGCUGUUGUCAAGUAUAGGAUAAGGAAAUGGAUAUGUGUAUCUAGAUGAUAAGUCAGAUCAUGGUAUGUCUGGGAUGCUUGUAGGUCAUUUUGGCUUUAUGAUUACUUACUUCAAAUGCAUAAAUAGUUAAUGCCUAUAUAUAUAUUUAUUGUUUAAUACGUUAUCAAAAUAAGAUUAAAAUUUUGAGUGGUUUGAAAUAAAAAAUGCAAAAACACUAAAGACAUGAUAUAUGAUCAGUGCAGUGUUGCUGACUAUGACGGGGAGAUGCUAGAGAGUGUAGCAGUGCUUUGUGGUGUCCUGAUAUAUGGCUGACUUUGUAAACAGUCCAGAGGGACUAGGUACACUUUAAAAGGAAUACUGAAGAACUGUGUAUGAAUUGUUCUUGUGGUCUAUCAGAUGCUGGAGAAGUCUUAUCAAAGGGGGACAACUCUAGUAUGUUGGCUAGAUUUGUUGGAGGCAUGGUAUGUGAUGGUUCACCGUAUCAAAUUGGGUUGUGGUUGAAAGCAUGCUGAUUGAUAGUAGGAAUUUAUAUUCAUUGAAGUGAAAUGCCAAAAGUUUAGUGUAUUGAAGAUGUUUUCUAUAUUGAAGGAAUCGGUAUGAAAAAAUAUCUUUUAAAAGAUAUGUGUUCAGCAACGGGAAUAACUGAUCUUGUUGUUAUUAGAUUUUCCCUGUGGGGAACAAUAGAAUCUCCUUGUGGGUAAUGAGGCACAUAAAAAUAUGUUUGAAAUCCAUAUUGUAUGAGCAUGAUCUUUAAUUCUCCUCUGUGUUGUGAUAAGACUUGUCAGUACUAUGUAUCGGUUUGAUAGAUCUCAAUGGAGUGUGUAGAUUUAAUUGAAAUAGAGUUUCCAUGCUAUUGUAUUUAGUAAAACGUGUCAUUGUGAUUCCAUGAAAUCAGAGG